AUGCAGAAGGUCUACACAGAGGCGAUCGACAUCUGGUCCGUGGCCUGCAUCUACGCGGAGCUGCUGGGCAUGCUCGAGGGCGUCGAUUUCGCAGACCGCAGGCCUCUCUUUCCAGGCGGCUCCUGCUACCCCCUGUCCCCGGAGAAGCACGAGAAGCAGAGCGAGGCCGGGGGCGCGCAGGGCCGCCAG